AACCAAACAUGUUAUGCAGCUCGGAAUGCAAAAAUAAACGCACCAAAGCAAACAUUACACAACCAAAGCUCUCCUUCGACUUUGUCCCCAUCAACUGAAAAUCUUUCAUCACUUUCCCGUGAUUGAAAUCUCAGCGACUUUGGAAAGGAAACUUUCAUCGCGAUUGUGUUUAGCAAAUGAACUUUCAUUCUUGCGGUUAUUUUUAGAUACAGUUUGAGGGCGGGUACUUUGGUGUUGUAUUUGACCGUUAGUAUUUGCCUGCGUUACUCGCGGGCAAGUGAGCAAGGUGUGAGGGGGCCGGCGUUUUGUGGGGGCAGGACUGGAAGCGGUCGCAGAUUCCCAGACUCCAGUGAAGGAGAUUGUUUCAUUGGUAAUUCAGCAGCGGGUGAAGGCACUGCAGCCGCGGGUUCAAAUCCCAUCGCAGUCACAUCUUUCUGACAUUCAGAUUACAUCGAAUUCACUGAUACCCAAGGAUCAGUGUGAUCAUCUUUCCUCAACAUGGGUGGUCUUGGAUGGAGAAGCAGAUUAAAUGUCAUAUUUAUUCUCGGCAUCAUCUUCGCCCUGUUUUGUCCAAUUACCCAAGCAGCUAGAAUAUUGGUCGUGCCUGUUGAUGGAAGUCACUGGAUCAACAUGAAAAUUCUAAUGGAAGAGCUGAACCUUCGUGGCCACAACAUGACUGUGCUUUGUUACUCCGCAAACUGGUACAUCAAAGAGAGACCCGAUCUGUAUCAAACCAUCACAGUUCAAGCACAAGAAAACAGUGAAGCACCUUCAAGGAAAGAAGCAAUGGAAAAUAUUGUGCAAAUGUCACUGGACAGGUUACAGAAUGGUCACACACUAUGGGGCAGGAUAAUGUUGCAAAAUCUAAUGGUUACGUUUAUGUACAAUUUCCAUAGAAUUUAUCAAAAUUUCAACAUUGCGAUCUUUGAAAACAAAACCUUGUUGAAUCAAUUUGAAAAUGCAAACUUUGACCUAAUACUCACAGAUCCUGUAUUUGGUACUGGGCCAAUGCUUGCGUAUUAUUUAAAAGUGCCGCUGGUGUACAACAUACGAUGGCAGAUCAGUGGGGAAGCCCAUUUUCUCACUGCCCCGUCACCACUUUCCUACGUCCCACUCCAGGGCUCACUUCUCACAGACAAAAUGGAUUUUCUCCAAAGAACAGAAAAUGUAAUUCACAGUCUCUUUCAACGCUUUAGUUCAGAGUUUUUGUUACAUCCACUUUAUAAUGAAAUCUGUCAUCGGUAUCUGGGACCAGACACGGACAUCAAGUCGAUUCUCCUCAGAGCUGAUGUGUGGCUGAUGAGGGUGGAUUUUGUGUUUGAAUUCCCAAGACCCACCAUGCCAAACAUCGUGUACAUCGGAGGCUUCCAGUGUAAACCAGCACGGCCUCUGGCAGCAGAGUUUGAGGAGUUUGCCCAAAGCUCAGGGAAACAUGGACUUGUUGUAAUGUCAUUGGGUUCUAUUGUCAAUUCCUUGCCAAUGGAGAUUACAAUGAAAAUAGCAGAAGCUUUAUCUCAAAUCCCCCAGAAGGUUAUCUGGAGAUAUGAUGGCGAGACCCCUCCCAAUUUAGGGAAUAAUACACUGCUGGCAAAAUGGAUCCCUCAGAAUGACCUGCUGGGUCACCCCAACACACGAGCCUUUGUUUCACACGGAGGCACCAAUGGCAUUUAUGAAGCCAUCUACCAUGGGGUGCCAGUGAUCGGCAUGCCUCUGCUUUUUGACCAGUUUGACAAUCUACUCAAGCUCGAAGCCCGAGGAGCAGCAAAAGUGAUCAACAUUGCAACCAUGCACUCCACAGAUCUGUUGCAGGCACUCAACGAGGUGUUAAACGACGCAUCUUAUGGGGACAACAUGGAGAGACUCUCCGCUCUCCAUCGGGACCAGCCAGAGUCGCCAAUGGAGAGAGCCGUUUUCUGGGUUGAGUACGUUGCCCGACACAAAGGAGCGGGGCAUUUGCGCUCAGAAUCCCACCUACUCCACUGGUACGCUUACUAUUGUGUAGAUGUGAUGAUCUUUCUGUUGUCUGUGUUACUCCUGCUCACUGUGUUGGUGGUUGGAACACUGAAGAAACUUUGUCGUAUUGUUUGUGGGAAAAAGCAAAAGACUGAGUGAGAUUUGUUUCCCCUUGGUAUAUUUUGUUCUUUCAAAUUAAUCAAAUAAAGUUUUCAUGCCUUUGAUCCACGGAGUCUCCUUUCCACAAAACAUGGAUUCAACAUGUGCUAAUAAAAGCCAGAAAAGAUGAGUGAAAUAAUAACCUUUGUGUAUUGAUAUGCAGAUGAAAAGUGUAAAUGGCUGAAACUCAUUGACUUGAACCCUUAAAUUUACUGACAGUUAUUCACAAUGAAGUUUCCUUUGGUUAUCUGGGCACAAACCUUUGUGAUUCACUGACAGAGUGGACCUUUACUGCACUAUUCCCUCUUCCAGUCAACCAUGCCAACUCACACUCUCAAUCUGUCAGCAUGUUUGCCUUCGUUCCAGUGCCCCAUUAUUGUCAUACAUUAUCAUAGAGAGCCUCCUUUACACUUUAGAUACAACGUGGAAACAGACCCUUCCGCUAUAAGAUCUUUAGUGCAGACAGUACCCACAGACAGGAUUGAACCCGGGUCCCUGGCGCUGUAAUCAGCAGCUCUACUGCUGUACAACCGUA